CAGCUGCAGUUGACCAGUACAGUCCGGUGCGUGUCUUUCGGUCGGGUGUUCCAAAUCGUGUGUCUGCUCGUUUUGCUCGUGACCGACCGUUUGUUGUUGAUUCAAGAUAAGCUCAGCCUGGUGGGCAUUUGAGAAAGUUCAAGUUCGAGCUGAUAAGUGGCUUAAGUGAUAAGCCUUGUUUGUUCAGAAAGUUCUUAGAUCGUCAUCGCCUAAAAUUAUGAGGAACCUACUCAUUGAUCAGAUACGCGAGGACGGUUACGCCGUCGUCGAUGACUUUCUGUCCCCGGACGAGGUCCAGGAGUUGCUCGAAGCGGGCAAAAACCUGCACAAAGAUGCCCCCAAGGAGGAACGCAAGGUGUUCAGCACGAUCAACUCCAAAACGAGCCAGAGCCGGGACCGGUACUUUAUCGAAAGUGGCGACAAAGUUCGGUACUUUUUCGAGGAGGGAUCUGUCGGUGAGAACGGAGAGCUGCUGGUGGACCCUUCGGUCGCGCUGAACAAGGUCGGCCACGCGCUGCACUCGGAACAUCCGGUUUUCACGAAGGUUACCAUGUCGAAUCGGGUGAAGGAGGUUUGCUGGCAGUUGGGCUUCCAGACGCCGGCCGUUGCGCAGAGCAUGUACAUCUUCAAGAACCCGGGCAUUGGUGGAGAGGUCAAAUCACACCAGGAUGCCACAUAUUUGUACACAGAACCUAGCACGACCAUCGGGUUCUGGAUUCCGCUGGAGGACGCCACGCUGCAGAAUGGAUGUUUGCACUUUAUCAAGGGAUCGCACAAGAGUGGAGUUCACAGGAGGUACAUUCGCAACCCGGACGCGUCCUCACCGGAACUGCUCAUCUACGAUCGCCCCGCACCCCUCUACCCGCAGUCCAACUUUGUGGCCGUCCCCGUCAAAGCGGGCUCGCUGGUCCUCAUCCACAGCCAGGCCGUCCACCGGAGCGAUGCGAACCGAUCGGACCGUAGCCGGCACGCGUACACCUUCCACGUGAUCGAAACCGAGGGCUGCGAGUACUCCGCCGAGAACUGGCUCCAGCCGGCCGAGGAUCGACCCUUCCCGGUGCUGUACGAGCGGGAUCCCUGAAAGGGCUGCGAGUUCGUGUACGUGCGAAUGGUUGGUUCUGCUUCGAUGCGUUGAUGUGCCAUAGAUGAUUUCUUUAUUUUCUUUUAUUUGUGUACUCUUUAUUAUCGCCUUUUAUACGCUAUAAAUAUGAGGAAAUAUAUGUUUUGAUUAAGAUGAAUGCGAUUGCAACA